CGGAGGGGGCGCCAUGGCGAGCAACGCCGCCAGCCUCAACGCCGUGCGGGAGACCAUGGACGUUCUGUUUGAGAUUUCAAGAUUGUUAAACACUGGCUUGGAUAUGGAGACCUUGUCCAUUUGUGUACGGCUUUGUGAACAGGGGAUAAAUCCAGAAGCAUUAUCAUCUGUUAUUAAAGAACUGCGUAAGGCUACAGAAGCUCUAAAGGCUGCUGAAAAUAUGACAAGCUGACAAGA